AGCUGAAACUACAGUCACACGACGUUGACGUCAUGCGCUGUCCCUUUGCACUGGUUCUGUGAGCGUCUGCUGCCGGUCAUGUGUUCACGGGUGCGAAGGGUCAGAGGUCAGGCGGAGGCCGGCCGGCUGCAGGAUCGCGGUCAGUGGGCCAGUAAAGCGGAGUUUCUGCUGGCUGUUGCUGGACAGAUUAUCGGUCUGGGUAACGUGUGGCGAUUCCCGUAUCUGUGUUACAAGAACGGAGGAGGUGUGUUCUUUGUGCCAUACAUGUUAUUCCUGGUGGUGUGCGGCGUUCCUCUCUUCCUGCUGGAGACGGCUCUGGGUCAGUUCACCAGUCUGGGAGGAGUCGGCGCCUGGAUGAAAAUCUGCCCGCUGUUUGCAGGCCUGGGUUUCGCCAGUCAGAUGAUGAUCUUACACAGCUGUGUGUAUUAUAUCGUUAUUCUGGCCUGGGCUCUUUUCUACCUGUGCAGCAGCUUCCAGACGCGGCUUCCCUGGUCGCACUGCAACAACACCUGGAACACAGACUCCUGCGUGGGGUUUGAUGGACACAACAUGAGCGAUCUCUCUGAAAACGCUACGUCCCCGGUCAUUGAGUUUUGGGAGCGUGAGGUGUUGGAUCUGUCUGCUAGUGUGGAUCGUCUGGGCUCGGUGAACUGGCGUCUGGCCCUGUGUCUGCUGCUCGUGUGGAUCGUCUGCUAUUUCUGUGUCUGGAAAGGAGUCAAAUCCACCGGCAAGGUUGUGUAUGUCACAGCCACCUUCCCGUACGUGAUGCUGCUGGUGUUGUUGAUUCGUGGCGUUUCUCUCCCCGGUGCUGUGGACGGGAUCAUUUAUUACCUGAAACCCGACCACACGCGGCUGAUGGACCCACAGGUAUGGAUGGACGCUGGGACUCAGAUCUUCUUCUCAUAUGGCAUUUGUCUGGGAAGUCUUACGGCUCUCGGCAGCUACAACAAAUUCAACAACGACUGUUACAAGGAUUGUUUCAGACUUUGUCUCCUCAACAGCAGCACCAGUUUCAUCGCAGGUUUUGCCAUUUUCUCUGUGCUCGGCUUCAUGGCACAGGAGCAGGGUGUGGAUAUCGCAGACGUGGCGCAGUCUGGUCCUGGUCUGGCAUUCAUAGCGUAUCCGCGGGCCGUGUCCAUGAUGCCUCUGCCGCAGCUGUGGUCCGUGUGUUUCUUCCUCAUGAUCCUGAUGUUGGGUUUGGACACUCAGUUCGUCAGUCUGGAGGCGCUGAUGAUGUCCGUGUCCGAUCUGUAUCCCGCACUCAUCCGUAGACGUCACCGGCGUGAGAUUCUGCUCCUGCUCGUCUGCUCCGUCUGCUUCCUGAUCGGACUUGUGAUGGUGACACCGGGAGGCCUGUACGUGUUUCAGAUCUAUGAUCAUUUCUCCUGCAGUGGAGCCAGUCUGCUGCUGCUGUCCGUCUGUCAGUCUGUGGCCAUCGGAUGGAUCUAUGGUGCGGAUCGUUUCAGUAACGACAUUAAGGCCAUGAUCGGUUACCAGCCGCUCUGCAGCUUCAGGCUGUGCUGGCGUUACCUGACGCCCGUCAUGUGCAUUGGCACGUUCGGCUUCUCGCUCAUCUUCUGGUCUCCGCUGACCCUCGCCAACGGCGUGACGGCCCCCGGAUGGGCCACGGCGAUGGGCUGGACGCUGACGCUGUCCUCCGUGUCCCUCCUGCCGCUCUGGGCCAUCUACAGCCUCGUGAACACGCCGGGAACCCUUCAACAGCGUCUCCGUCUGCUGUGCCGCCCCGUGCGGGACUCGCCGCCGACAGACGAGCACCUUUCUGCUGCUACGCGUUUGACCUUUGACCUCAGAACAAAGAAGCCCAAAGAGGCAAUUAAGGACGUGGUGUAACUGAGUGAAACCGAACAGAUCUGAUCUAAGCGUCCUGCGUUCACUCAGAUACGAGACUGUAGUGUAACGUUGAAGACUCGAAGGUAAAAGAAACUCUUUGUUUAAUAACAGCAAUUAAAGCUUCUCAGUACACUCAGUUAUCAGUGCACUUAACUGUUCAUUUUCAGUGCAAAUGAACCAGAUGAACACUUUUUCUUGACUCAAGAAAACAUUUUUAAACAAACAUGGAUGUUUUUCGAAUCAAAAAAUGUAAUUGUUUUGUUAUGCACGUUAAGCAGUACGCUAGUUUUCCCUUCUGAACACGCUCAGGGUUAGGUAAGUUCUCCCGGAAACUUUGUUUGUUUAUCCAGUGCAGUGCAUUCUGCUGUGCGUUUGUUUGUUUUGUGUUUUGCAUCACAUAUUACUGAUGCUGGAAACUCGUCGCGCCUGGUCAUGAUGCGCUAGUCAGAGUUAGUCAGCUCAGGAUGUAAUUGUGAAACAUCAGGUCUUUACUGGCACGAUGAGUCUUCGGAAUGUUUCUAAUACUGUAAUGGGAUGUGUGAAAAUAGAGCAAUGUUUCUCAAAGAAUCUGAUUAAUGUGAUCAAAUUAAUCGUAUUGUGUCAUUAUUUUUGUGCUAAUUAAGCACAUUUUCCUCCAAAAAUAAGAAUGCAAAACAUUUUCUGUAUACUUUUUACUGAAAUCCAUUCACUUUGUU